CCGUCUUGCAAUUCGGGCCCCCCUUCCCCUUCCCCCCCUCUGGACGACUCCCUGCCUCCCUGGCCUGGCCGGGGCAUCCCGCCUCCCCCGCGGGGCGCCAUGGCCGCGCGGCCGGGCGUGGGCAGCGGGGUGCUGGCGAGGGGCCGCGCGGGGCAGGUGGUGCUGCACGACCCGGACGAUCCGGACAUGUCCUACAAAGUGAAGUUCGAGGACGGCACCAGCGACUGGUUCCCGCAAGCCGACGUGGUCUGCGACGCCUCAUCAGCACUUUCUGGCGAGGCCGACGCGGCGGAGGCCGCCGAGCGUGCAGAGAAGGAGCUGGCUGCGCUCAAGCUCAGGCAGGCUCGGCACGCGAAGGCGCAGGAGGCGGAGAGGCAGAAGGCUCUGAAGGAGAUGGAGGAGGACGCCAAGAAGAGAGGGGCACCCGGCUUCAGGGACAAGGAGUACAUAGAUGCCGAGCGCCCGAAGCCGCCCGCGGCCACCGCGGCGGCUUUCCCGGAGGAGGUGAACGAGGAGGUUUUCUGAGGACCCCGGCG